AUGUCGAAUCUCAGCGAAUUCUUAGCCGUGCAAAAGCAAACCAUAUACACCAUUUCAAGAGUUCUGCCAAAUUUUAAAAAACUCGGUCAAGCAAAAAUGACACGAGCAGUAACGAAGGAGCGACUGGCAACACUCAAGGAGACUUUUGCGAAGUGUCAAGACCUCCAUGCCAAGAUCACCCUAGUCGCCGAGGAGACCAAGCAGACGGAUCAUCUUUACUUCACCGAACAUCAAUUUAAAGCGUGCGAAGAUAUCUACAACGACACCGCAGACUACAUGGUGGAGGUAGUCGCGACGCUCGACCCAGUGUUCUACCAGGCUUCAGCAGCUGACGUAAGCGGGGUAUCUGAAUCGUUUCGACCGUCAUCCAAAUCGCAUUUACCAAAAUUAAAUUUACCAACUUUUGACGGAAGCCUCGAAAAAUGGGAAAAUUUUCGCGACCGAUUUACCUCGCUAAUUCGUCACGAUUAUACGUUAUCCAAUGUCGACCGUAUGCAUUAUCUCUCUUCGUGUGUCAAAGGGGAAGCAAGUAACGCUCUGAACAUCUCGCGGUAA